AUGGAGAGCUCGGCUGGCGACCCAUACCGGCGGCCUGCGCGGCGCACUCAGUGGCUGCUGAGCGCCUUGGCUCACCACUAUGGGUUGGACCGCGGCGUGGAGAACGAGAUCGUGGUGCUGGCUACCGGUCUGGACCAGUAUCUGCAGGAGGUCUUCCACCACUUGGACUGCCGGGGAGCCGGCCGCCUGCCGCGCGCCGACUUCCGUGCGCUCUGCGCGGUACUGGGGCUGAACGCUGAUGGGGAGGCGACCACCGAGGAUGCAAACUCCGCAGAAGCGGCCGCCAAGAACCCGGUUGCUGGGAUGAUCCCUGGCGGGGACGCGGACGUUAGGGAAGAGGCGCGCCUGGCUCUGCGCGCCGACCCCCCUGAGCUCACCUUCCGCCAGUUUCACGCGCGCCUCUGCGGCUACUUCAGUAGCCGAGCCGGGCCACGGCUACCCCGCGGAGCUCUCAGCGAGCACAUAGAGACCCAGAUCCGCCUCCGCCGCCCGCGCCGCCGCCGCCCGCCUGGCUCGCCGAGCCUGCACGGUAGCGCCUAUGGCGAGCGCGUGGCACAUCUAGAGGAGGAAAACAGCAGCCUAAGAGAGCUGGUGGAGGACCUACGAGCUGCUCUGCAGAGCAGUGACGCGCGCUGCCUGGCCCUUCAGGUCGGCCUCUGGAAAAGCCAGUCGGACAUCCCGGAAGCGGCGGCGCACGAGCUGCAGCGAGCGCAGGGCGCGUUGGCAGAGGCGGAGGCGCGCGCCCGGAGGCUGCAGCGUGGACAGGUGGAGGUGCGGCUGCGCACCGAGGAGGCCAGGCAGGCGGUGCGGCGUAGCUUGCACCGAGUGCGGGAGCUGGAGGCGCUGGCGCGGCGCGUCCCUCGCUUGCAGCGCCAAGUGCAGCGACUGGAGGCAGAGCUUAGACGUUACAGGUCAGAAGGGCCUCAGCUCCUAACACCCCCACAAGCCAGUCAAAGGCCAGGAAACAAGAAUGGUGUACCUACAGCUAGAGGAACCAGAGAUUCAGACGCCACUCCAGAGGGAGUCCAGCUGUCAGACAGCAGCGUAAGGAGCAGAGACACAGAUGAAGAAGAUGAGCAGCUGUUCCGCUCCGUGGAAGGCCAGGCCGCCUCUGAGGAGGAAGAGGAAGAAAGGUGGCAGGAAAAGCCAAGGCGCCCACAGGCCCACGGUGAGGUAUCCGUGGUGCCACCUUCAGGUUGUGUAAGUAGAUGUGACAACCAGACAGCUGAGACGCUCAAGGCUUCCUUUGGCCACUGCGACGGUGCUGAGAACAUCUGCACCCUAGAGCUGGAAACCCAUGUCACCAGGCUUGGGGAACAGCUGCAGACCCUGGGCUACCCUUUCUCCCAGGCAGAACUGCAGCAGAUGAUGGAAACUGAGCAUCUGAGGCUGGAGCUGCAGAUGGUGGAGACAGAGAGGGUCCGGCUGUCACUGCUGGAAGAGAAGCUGGUGGAUGUGCUACAACUUCUGCAAAGGCUCCGGGACCUGAACAUAUCUAAAAAAGCCCUAGGGAAGAUGUUGCUGAAUGCUCUGGACCGGAACCCCUCACAGGAGGGCACAUGUGGCACCUUGGCCAUCCUGGACACCUUGCACCAAGCCUUGGUUGGCUGUGAGCUCCUACAGAGAAGUCCCUCAGCACCAGCAUCCACAGCUCCUGCACACACAGACCCCUUUCUCAUCUCCUGCUGA